AUGUCGAAAAGACGUGUUGGCUUAAAUUUCUUUCUUUUAUUUUGGUGUGUUGAAUUCGUAUCAAUUUUCCAGAAUUUAUUGGCUGACGAUCGUAACAGUUUAUUGGAUGAACUAACGAAAACAAAGACACCAGUAGUUUCAAUUGUUUAUGAUCAUGACCAUGAUAACAAGCUACCCAUAGCCGGGUCCAACGACCUGACUCCCAAAGUACAGCCUCUGGAACCACCUCAUGAUAGAAGAGCUUAUCUGCUUUACCAUAUACUAAGGACCACUCAAGAAACUGAAGGCAUGGAUUCUGAAGCGUUGGAAAAAUUAGAAAAAACAGAAAACAUUCUUCGUGAGGCUUUACGCGUUAGAUGUAACAAUUUAAAUACGUGCGUCAAAAGAUGUCCUAAAAAGAAGACUUAUACUUGCAAACUAUCAUGUCAAGAAGAAUUUGAUGAUUAUGACGUCUGUAACAGACCCAAGAAAGUAUGCAAGAAACCAAGAUGCGGUGUAACAAAACCUCCAUCCUGGCUACUGCGUAAUAUAAAUGACGAUAAAUAA